UCCACCGGCCACAAAAAUAUUCCACCGGCCAAAUAUUUGGCCGACCAGCCAAAAGUUGCUGAGUCGGGACAGUUUGGACUUUUCGCCUCGGGUCUUUUAAAAUAGGGUUUCAAACCCUAUUUUUCUCACUUCCUCUUAGCCGAAAUUUCUUCCCCUCUCUCUCUAGAGCAUUUUUCUUCCUUCGUUCCUCGUUUUCCUUGAUUUUCGCGCCCUCUUCGACGUUUGAUUCGCGAAGUUCUUCGCGUUUCGAACAUUUUCAUCCGAACGAAACUCCGUUUCGGUGUACCUUUUUCAAUUUCCGCCUCUUGGGGUUUGUUUCCCCUGAGUCUUCAUUGAUUUCCGUGAUUUUUCCACAUUCCGACUUUUCCAGCCAUUUUUCGCCCUCCCGGGAUUGACUUUUUGUUGACUUUUUGCGUUCUCACCCGGUUCUUACUUUCCCGGUCAUUUUCAUACCACUUUUGACAUGGCAGACGAUAUUCCACGGGACGGGACUCCCCCGGAGCAUGAGAUGGACCCAGAGGCUGAGCUCCUUCCCUUGAACGUCCGCCCGUUUGACUCGGCGACUUACCGGCCGGCGAUCCACGUGCUACCUCCUGACGGUCUUCGCCAGUUCAGGAGUUUCGACAGGGGCGUGCCACUGGAGCUUCUCCUGCGCGAGCCGACGUCUCAUCUGUCUUUCGGCGCUUCCGAGGUAUAUUCUUCCCUCUGUUUUAGUUUCUGCAAUGUAGAACAUUUUAACUGCCAUAGUUGAUUCCGUUCUUUAACUGCUUACCUCAGAUACACUGAUGCAUUACACACUGUAAUUCAUCUGUGAACACACUGAUACCCGAUACCGGUUUGAACCUGAAAAUGUGCACGUACAUUGCAUCUGUACUGGACCACUCGGAAACACUGACACAUCACAUGUUGUAGUUCACUGUAAGCACACCGACACCCGAUGUCUGCUUGAAUCUGAAAACAUGCACACACGCUGUAUUGACACUGAACCACCCAAACACACUGACACAUCGCAUGUUGUAGUUCACUAUAAGCACACUGGCACCCGAUGUCUGUUUGAAUAUGAAGACGCGCACAUACGCUGUAUUGGCCCUGAACCACCCAAACACACUGACACAUCGCAUGUUGUAGUUCACUGUAAGCACACCGGCACCCGAUGUCUGUUUGAAUCUGAAAAUGUGCACACACGCUGUAUUGGCCCUAAUUCUGAAUGCCCUUCAAAACUAUACAUUUUAUAUUGUUUCGCGACUGUUUGCUUUAAAUACAGGGAGAUUCCCAUGCCUUCUGGAGGUAUGGGAACAUUGCCGCUAGAGAUUGGUACAUAGAGCUGCCCGAUGCGGUCUGUCAUAUCGUGGACCAGGCCGGGUUCGGCGCAUUCUGCAGGGGACUCUCGCGCCUCACUGCGAGCAAACCCCUUCUUGCUGCUCUAGUGGAGAGGUGGUGGGACACCACCGACUCCUUCCACCUCUCUGUCGCGGGAGACAUGACGAUGACUCCCUAUGACUUCUUGAUGCUCACCGGCAUCGGGGUAGGGGGUGAUCCGAUCCCCUUUGACACCGACAUGGACGAGUGGGAGGCUGCUCAGAUUUACCUGCUCAGCGAGGUGCCGCCUCUCGCACGUCCCGGCUUCGUCAGAUAUUCAUGGUUCGAGGUCCAGUUUAGGGUUCAGCCAGCCUUGACCGAGGAGGUUCUGAUGACUCUGGAGGAGGUGGAGCGGUAUGCACGCGGCUUCCUCAUGAUUCUGCUGGGGAAGACUAUUUUCGCCGACCGGGCGAACACCGUUUCCCUCUGCCUGCUCAGCGCUCUCGUGGACGUCACCAGGAUCUUGCGCAUCGACUGGGGUGGCGCCGCCUUGGCCACUCUGUAUGGAUACAUGAGCUCAGCUUCCCGUUACAGCGGACAGUUGCUCGGAGGUUACUGGCGAGCUUGGGAGUUGUGGGUCUACGCCUACUUUCCGAGACUUGUGCCAGUGCCAGAUGUGGAGACCCCUCUUGUCGUGCCAUUCUCGCGGCGUUUCGAUGUGAGAUGCGUGCGGAGACCCUGGGAGACUUUCAUCUUCUUCUGCCAUUACUUCGACACCAUCACCCCCGCGGAGAUCACCUGGCAGCCUUGGGCUCCCUUGCCAGCUAGGGUGAGAGAUUGAUUCGCCGGCGCUGAGGAGACCGCUCGGUUCAGGAUCCUGCUGGAAGGCCCGGUCUGUCGGGCUUGUUACCUGGGUGAGCGUUUCCUCCGCCAGACCCUAGGUUUACCCGAGCAGAUAGUCCCGAUCCACCCUCCUGAGUACAUGAGGGAUACUGAAAGGUUUACCUCUGAGCAGAUGGCUGACUACACGAUCGGCUGGGAUGCGACACGUUUCAGAGGCAUAGGCGACUACUCAGAGUACGUUCGGACGUACAUUAUGCAGCCUUUGAGCGGUGGUCGUCGAGCUGAGAGAGAGAGGCCAGCGACGCCGGCGGCUAGGGCAGGAGCAGGGGCAGGGACAUCGAGGACGGCCCGAGUCCGUGGUAGGAGUGGAGCUCGGAAGGGGCGGGGGGCUAGUUGGCCAGCACUACCCACUAUGAUGACAUGCCAAGGACAGGGUGGGGAGACUUAUCAGAUCCCCAUUGCUCCCCCUCCGGCUGAUCAUGAGUUAGUCGGGUUCUCCGACUUGCCUCCGGCUUCCUCCGAGUACACGCGCCAGUCACUGGAGUUAUCUGCCUCGUUGAUGGGGAUGCUCCAGCGGAGCUUGGACCUUUUGGCCAUGUACAGUAUUCCGCCUCCAUUCCUGAUGCCUACUGUAGGAGGUGCUCCAACUGGGCCUUUCGCUCCCACCGAAGCAGAUGGCAGAGUAUACCCUCGCACCAAGGCGGGGCGCACCCAUGUUGGGAGUAGCUCACGGGCACCCGUCCCUGAUGAUGAUGAUGAGUCCGAGGCUGAGGCUGAGUCGGGGGCAGAGUCGUCCGAGGAGGAGACCGAAGACGGCUCGGGUUCAGACUCAAAUGACGAUGCUGAUGACGAUGCUCUUAGACCUUCGUCCAGGAAGAGGACGAGGACGGACCCCUAGACCUGACGCUCUUUUGACAUUGAUCCAAAUUUUGCUGCUUUUCUUCUUUUUGUUUUGUACUUUUUUGUUCUUUUUGCUAGUAGCUAGAGUACCUUGUACUGCCGCAGGCAGGUUUUUGUUUCCAAAGCUUUGUAUUUGAGAAAUGAUGAAAUG